GCUCCCACAGACACAUCCGCGGCUCCACCAUCCUCCGACCAGAGAGAAAACCAGAGGAAGAGGAGGAAGAAGAUGAUGAUGAGUCUGUCGACAGCCUCAUAAACACAGGAAGCUGAGAAUAUAUUUUUGAACAAAGUUAAAUCAAUGGUACAGAAAAGUAGUAUGUCCAGGACGCCUUCCACCUCAACCCAGGAGAUCCAAAUGGACAUGUUCGACCAUCAACCACACACACAGGGAAAGUACGCCAAGAGGAAGGGCAGAUUCAAGCGGUCGGACGGAAGCACCUCCUCCGACACCACCUCCAACAGCUUUGUCCGACAGGGCUCGGCAGACUCCUACACCAGCCGGCCGUCGGACUCAGACGUGUCCCUGGAGGAGGACCCAGAGGCUCUGAGGAAGGAGGCUGACAGACAGGCGCUCGCCACACUCGAGAAAGCAAAGACCAAACCGGUGGCGUUUGCUGUGCGGACGAAUGUGGGUUACAACCCCGGCCCCAGCGAUGACGUUCCUGUGCAGGGCAUGGCCAUAUCGUUUGAAGCCAAAGACUUCCUGCACAUUAAAGAGAAGUACAACAACGACUGGUGGAUCGGGCGUCUGGUGAAGGAAGGCUGUGAGGUGGGCUUCAUCCCCAGCCCGGUCAAACUGGAGAACACCCGACUGCUGCAGGAGCAAAGGAUGAGACAGAACCGACUUAGCUCCAGUAAAUCUGGAGGAAGCUCCAGUCUGGACGUUGCCACGGGAACCCGCAGGCCCACCCCUCCUGGCACAGCUAACAUGGACAUGUCCACUGUGACCUAUGACGUUGACCCCCUCGACCUGGACGCGGAGGAGCCCCCUGAGUCCCAGGGUGACCCUCGCUCCUCCAAGGGCAUGUCAGGCAGCGUCACGUCCCCUCAGGCCAACACCCACCGACUGCCCUUCUUUAAGAAGAUGGAGCAUGUCCCCCCGUACGACGUGGUUCCCUCCAUGAGACCCAUCAUCCUGGUCGGGCCGUCACUCAAAGGCUACGAGGUGACAGACAUGAUGCAGAAAGCGCUCUUUGACUUUCUUAAACACAAGUUCGAGGGCAGGAUAUCCAUCACACGGGUGACGGCCGACAUCUCCCUGGCCAAACGCUCCGUCCUCAACAACCCCAGCAAACACACCAUCAUCGAGCGCUCCAGUACCCGCUCCAGCCUGGCGGAGGUGCAGAGUGAGAUCGAGCGUAUCUUCGAGCUGGCCCGCACCCUGCAGCUGGUCGCUCUGGAUGCAGACACCAUCAACCACCCCUCCCAGCUGGCCAAGACCUCCCUCGCCCCCAUCAUUGUCUAUAUCAAAAUAGCCUCACCUAAGGUCCUCCAGAGACUCAUUAAAUCCAGAGGGAAGUCUCAGGCUAAAUACCUAACUGUGCAGACGGCGGCGGCAGACAAACUGGCUCAGUGCCCUCCUGAGCUGUUUGACAUCAUCCUGGACGAGAACCAGCUGGAAGACGCCUGCGAGCACCUGGCCGACUACCUGGAGGCUUACUGGAAAGCGACGCACCCCCCGAGCAGCAACCCGCCCAACCCCCUGCUCAACCGCACCAUGGCCACGGCAGCCCUGGCCGCCUCCCCCGAGCCCGUCUCCAACCUGCAGGGGUCGUACCUGGGCCGUGGCGAGCAGAAACGAGAAGGGCCCUUGACAGAUUGCGGCGGGAGCGGCACUCUACAUGACUUUCAGACAGACCUGGGAGGAAAGCCUCAGCAGCAGCAGCAGCAGGCGUACCUGCGCUCCUCCCGUGGCCAGCCACGAGGAAGCAGCGGCCGUGGCCUUUCACGGCAGGACACCUUCGACUCCGAGACCCAGGGCAGCCGGGACUCGGCCUACACCGAGGCCGGUGACUCCUGCAUGGACAUUGAGACUGACCCCUACGAGGAGCCUGAGCCUUACCGAGGCAGCGGGGGCAGCCGCCUGCACCUAGCGCAGCAUCACGCUAGACAGGCAUCCUGGGAGGACGAGGGCGCGGAGCCGGACCAGGAGAACCUCAACCACCCUCCGAUCCCGAGCCAGAUGCAGACGCACGGACGAGCCAAGCUGAAGGAGCGUUACUGCCAGGACCCUGUGGACACAGGGGCCAACAUGAGCCACAACAAGAAUCAGGACGAGUGGGGGAGGGACGUCUACAUCCGCUGAACAUGCAUCACACCACAGAGGCAAGAGAGCUCCUGGACAGACUGAGGAUGGAGGGAGGAAUGUGGAGGCGAUGCCCGUCAGGCUAAGGAAAUGAAUCUGUUUACAUCCCUGUACAAUGUAAAUGAAUAUAUCAACUGCCAGAUCCCAUCAGAUUCUCAUCACCUUCUUCUUGCAAUUCUAUUUCUCUAUGUUUAGAAAAAUAAUAUUGGUCUGUUUCUUUUGUUUCUUAUGUUAAUACUGCAUGAAUAUCAUGGAUUUCUAUACUGACAGCACGAGGACAGUAAGUGUUACGAUUGUGAAUCUAUGAUUGUGGUCUGUAUGACUCAAUCCCUCCUUCAGUUGUAGAGUGUGAAGGCUGGUAGAGCCAUCGUCUGUACUGUAUGUCCUCUGCAGUCUUAAACAGGGUCUAACGUCACCGUCCCCCAUGUGUGUACAGAGUCAGGGUUCUUCUUUACCUUAAUCGCACUCUGUGCUUGUGGAUGUCAGGGUUUCCUCCCAUUAUGAGAUCCAGAGGUCACGAGUCUCACACCUCCACUUUCUUAUCACCUAGACCUUAAAAAUAAAUGAGCUAGUGGAGAAGUUGCCAUAUUUUAUCGAGAACACGUGUUGCUACACUCAUGUCGGCUUGAUAAUGACAAAGAACAUGCUCCAAAGAUGUUUACUUCUUCCCCCCACCUGGUUCAGCCACUGUACCCGACUGUACACGUCUGACCCAGUCCUCCCAUUCUGCGUGUACCCCCUUCUCUGUGGGUGCCGAGGACGCCUGCAGCGUUCACUCGUUCUCUGGUUUUUCUAACGCGGUGCAGACUCAAAGCGGCGCUGCAGUCGUGGUCGUGUGAAUGACGUGUCCUGCCUUAGUCGAUCUCCCCCCCCUUAAUCAAGAAAUCUCCAAUCACAAGUGCCGGAUUGUCUCACCAAGCCAUGUCCACCACUGCCACGGUGGGAUGUCUUAACCUCUCGUUACACUCGUUUUCAUAUCAUACCCGUGUCUCUUUGUGUCCCGCCCCCACACCGUCGUUUCAGCACGUCACAUCUCGUUUUCUUUGCGUCAGCUUUGUCGUCUGUUUUUCAGGGCUAAUGGUUAUACAAAAAAAAAAAAGUACUUGUGUGUGGCUGAUCAACUUCCACCCAAACAGCUAGCUUGUCUGAUAUUAAAUACCACUUUCUUCUUACUUUUGAUUUCUGACUGAAUUAUUGUUGGGUUUUUUUUUCCUGUGGACAUUUGCAAUUCUUUUUUUCAACUCUUGUGAGCUAGUGAGAGGAGUAUAAAUCGGGAUCGGGGAGGGGUGGGGGGGGUUAGGAUCCGCUUUGGUCCCUAUUCAUUUAUCUAUAAUGAAGAAUCCAUGAAUGUGUUUUGCGGGCUGCCUCGGCCCGCCCGUCUUCAGUCGAAUAAAUAGAUAUUAAAUAAUGAUCAGUAAAUAAUGUUAUUGUUGCGUUAUCGCAAUUGUUAAAAAUAUGAUAUAACAUGUAUCAUUGGUGCCUGAUUGUAGCUGCAUUUUGCUUUUUCUGCCUUUCAUUUUUAAUCUGUGGAUAAAUUCGUAUUUUAAUUAAAAAUUU